AUGACGAGGGAUGCAAGCGAAGGCGAGGGCUUUCUCCACCAGGGAACGUGGAGGGAGUCCACCAAGACAGGACCAUUCGUCACAUCCAUCAAGAAUGUUUUAUUUCCCCAACGACAACACAAACAAAGUACAGGGCCGGAUGAGAAGCCAAGGAACAGCAACGACGACUUUGAAGAAAUCGAGCUCGACGAUAAGCCCAGGUGGUGGAAGACGCUUCAGCUCCGCACGUUCAUCACCUCCCUGACCGGGCUCAUCCUCGCCAUCCUCUCCUUCGUUUUCGGCGUCGGCUGUGGGCUAGGGAUUGGCGUCCCCUACUACGGCGGCUCCUCGCUCUCGCACGCCUUUAGCCGGCCCGCAAACGCCCACAGCAUACCGGACGACCUCCCUAUCAUCUCCGCAGCCCAGCUGACCAACAGGACGGAGCUGGACCUCGCGACGGGGUUCACCUUCGGGUCCCCGCAGGUCAGGGAGUACAACUUCACCAUCAGCCUGGGGCUCGCCGCGCCAGACGGCUUCUGGAAGCCCAUGGUGCUCGUGAACGGCCAGUCGCCGGGCCCGUUGAUCGAGGCCGGCACGGGCGACACGGUGCGCGUGCGCGUGGCGAACCACCUGCCCAACGCCACCACGAGCGUGCACUUCCACGGCAUCGACCAGCGGCGGACGAACUGGAUGGACGGCGUCGCGGGCGUGACGCAGUGCGGGAUCCCGCCGGGUGGCGAGUGGACGUACGAGUUCGUCGUGGACGGCCAGCGCGGCACCUUCUGGUACCACGCCCACGCCGCCGUGCAGUACACGGACGGGCUGUACGGGCCCAUCGUCGUGCGCGACCCCCGCGAGCUGGUGCCCCGCGCCGACGCGGAGAGGAUCCUCUUCCUCGGCGAGAACCACCACGCCUACGCGGGCGAGCUGGUCGGGCACUACCUCGCGGCGUCGUCGCCGUGGGAGCCGACCGAGGCGGGCGUCGAGCCGCUCAGUGAUAACCUGCUGCUCAAUGGCCAGAACACGUUUGACUGUUCUGUCGUGUCGACUACGUAUAACUCGUCGUCUCGUCAGAAGAACAAGCCGGGGUGUACCGGUGGGCAGGUGUACACGACGAACAUCCGGCCUGGGACGACCAUGCGGCUACGGCUGAUCAACCAUUCCUCGUACCUCUCGUAUUGGUUCAGCAUCGACAGACACCCGCUUACCAUAGUGGAGAUUGACGGGAUCGAGGUCGAGCCGAUAGUCAGCCAAGGGGUGCAUGUGAAUAUUGGACAAAGAUACAGCGUGAUCAUAAGUGCGACGGAAAAAAUAGGAGAUUAUGCUAUCAGGUCAGCACUGGAGGAGGAGUGCUUCCUGCCGUACAGUACGUACACUAGCAAGGGAUUAGAGUCAAUAGGGUAUCAGGCCAAAGGCAUUUUGCGGUAUGAACGCGAAGACGAGUCGGGAGGGGUGGCGAGACGAGACGGAGAUGCGGAUACAGCUGAGAUGAAAGAGACGGCAACAAACCCGUGGGGCUGCAGCGACAUGCCCUUCGACAUGCCCAAGCCCAUGCGGCGGGCAGCAGCGUACGAGCUGGCCGAAGGCGACCCAACCCACAUCGUAGACUUCCAGUUCCGCCAGGUCGGCGAGAUCAACCGCAUCUUCCUCAACAAGACCUCCUGGAGCCCCUACCAAGGCGACGCAACCCUGUGGCAGGCUGCAGACGCGAACUUCACCGCAGACGUCGACGGCGUGUACCACAACUGGGGGUUCCGCCUGGACCAGCAGGUGCUGCUGGUGCCGGACGGCAGCGGCGCGGUGCAGGUGGCCAUCAACAGCCUCGACGCGAUGGAGCACCCGUUCCACAUGCACGGCCACAGCGUGCAGGUGGUGGGCUGGGGCCCCGGCCGCUACGACGCUGCUGCCGCAUCGGCGGCGCCGGGGGCGACGGCGACGACAUGGAACCUGGCCAACCCGCUGCGGCGGGACACCUUCACCGUCCCGGCCGAGUCCCACGUCGUCAUCCGCUUCCGGGCCGACAACCCGGGGAUCUGGGUCCUGCACUGUCACGUCGCGUGGCACCUUGAGGCCGGGAUGUUGGUCUCCUUCUUGGAGCGGCCGGAUGACCUGAAGCGGCUUCUGACUGAGAUGGACUCGGAGGUACGGGAGCUCUCCGAGAGCUUCUGUCCCAAGAGGGCAGGACGAGGCGUGUAA